GAGCGAGAAGCAACGAGGCGUGGAGAGGCGAAGACGAUGGAUGUGGAGAAGAGGGGAGGCGAGAGCGUGUGAGUCGUUCAGGCCGUUUCGGUUGUUCGCGUGGCGUGCGAGCAAUGCCUCCUCGUUAGCUUUCCCCAUUCUUCUCUGCUACACACAUACACGCGUAUAUAGAUAUAUAUAAAUAUAUAUAUAUAUAUAUACAUAUACACCCUUGCCCGACGCACCAUCUUCUUCUCCUAUCCUGCCCUGUUUGGACCAGCUAUCGGGCUUCCAAGAAGACACCGCCCACGCAGCAACCGACCUCAGGAUUCGUAGGACGAUGGAUCGAGACAAGAAGAAGAGAGGCAGGGAAGAGCCGCGGGAACGACGAGCCGCCGCGGUGGCGGAGGCGGAGCUACCGAAGAAGAAGGGGAAGAGGAGCGAGGAGGCGGAGGCCGUACCCGAGAGCUGCCGCGUGGACAUCGUGGACGUCACCGACGUGUUCCGCCCGCCGGGGCUGUUCGAGUUCCCGUGGCAGAAGGGCGAGGUCCUGCUGCUGCCGGAGCCGCCUCAUGACUGGGACCUCGGCGAAGCCUUUUUCUCCUCCCUCGUUGACGGCUCCUCCGCCGCCAUCGGGUUCCCCGGCGACCGGCUCUCCCCCACGGUCCCGGGCCCCUUCUGCCUCCCCGAGGAGCCGUCCGACGGGGAGCUGGACGGCGGCGUGGAUUGCAUCUGGAGCUCCGUCCUCCGCCAGCCGCUCUCCACCGUGUACAGCAAGAACUGCAACGCAUGAAGAGAGAAUCGUAACAGGGAGUUUGGACUCGCCAAGGAAGCAAUCACUUCUUCGAUACGAAGAGCGGAGGCGCAACCCUUAACAUCGAGCGGCUUCCGCCUGCGACGAGAGGAGCGAAGGCAGAGAUGGUGGGAAGGAAACUGGUUCUGUUCUUGCUCUGCAUCACCGUCGUCGCGCCCAUUGUUCUCUACACCGAUCCGCUCGCCACCCAGCCUAGCUACCUCGCAGAUAUCCAUCUCGGUGACGAGAUCCCAACUUUGAAGUCCGUCGAUGCGGUUCGAGAACCAAGUGGGAUCGUCUACCCUGAAAACUCUACCAAUCCCGAUCAGAUCUCGGUUCAUGACAGCGGUAGAGCGGUUGCAUCUAAUACAACCACGUUGCCUUCGGGCAAGAAUGGUGACCGCAGGAACCGAGUUCUAUCACAAGAUAACAACCAGACGGCUCCGUCAGAGACGGAUGAUGGUGCUGUGAUUAGGCAAGUGAGUAGCAGAGAAACAAGCGAAGGGGCUACGGCGAUGGAGUCACAGACCGUGCUUCCAACCCAAUCUCGAAAUCAGCAGAAACCAGGAAAAAGAUCGAAAAGGGAUUCAGGUCGUAUGCCGGAUGCUAAAAUCCAGCAACUUAGAGACCAGUUGAUGAAGGCAAAGGUGUCUCUUGGUCUUUCGUCUUCCAAGAGCAACCCAGAAUUCAUCAGGGAGCUCAAAGAACGAGUGAAGGAUGUUGAGCGCACGCUUGCUUAUGCAACCGAGGACACAGAAUUGCCAAUCAAUGCUCAGGAGAAACUGGAGGCGAUGGAGCAAACUUUGGCCAAAGGGAAGCAAAUUCAACAGGACUGCUGUGCCGUCGUCAAGAAACUCCGACGUUUUUAUCUCUCUGCAGAGGAACAAGUGCGUGUUCAUAAGAAGCGGGAGUUGUUCCUCACGCAAGUAGCUGCUAAAACCCUCCCCAGAGGUCUCCAUUGCCUCUCGCUGCGUCUCACCACCGACUACUACUCGCUCGACUCGUGCCAGCAGCAGUUGCCGAACCGAGACAAACUCGAAAACCCUCGACUCUAUCAUUAUGCGCUCUUCUCUGAUAACGUGUUGGCCACCGCAGUCGUUGUGAACUCCACAGUGUUCCAUGCUAAGGACCCUCAGAGCCAUGUAUUCCACAUUGUCACCGAUAAGCUCAACUAUGCGGCCAUGAAGAUGUGGUUCUUGGCAAACCCACCGGCGAAGGCUACGGUUCAGGUUCAGAAUGUCGAAGAGUUUACAUGGCUGAACUCGAGCUACAGCCCGGUCCUAAAGCAACUCGCAUCUCGAUCCAUGAUAGAUUACUACUUCCGAUCCCAACAUGCCAAGUCUGACGAGAACUUGAAGUUCCGAAACCCCAAGUACCUGUCUAUUAUGAAUCAUCUGCGGUUUUAUCUGCCGGAGAUCUUCCCAAAGCUCAGCAAGGUAGUCUUUUUGGACGACGAUGUGGUGGUGCAGAAGGACCUCACCCCCCUUUGGGCCAUUGAUCUAAAGGGAAAGGUUAAUGGUGCCGUCGAAACAUGCGGUGAGAGUUUUCAUAGGUUCGAUAGGUAUCUCAACUUCUCGAAUCCCCUCAUUGCCGAAACCUUCGACCCGCAUGCUUGCGGAUGGGCAUACGGAAUGAAUGUGUUCGAUUUGGACGAGUGGAAGAAGCAGAAUAUUACUGCUGUCUAUCACCAUUGGCAGAAUCUGAACGAUGACAGACAGUUAUGGAAAUUGGGUACCCUUCCGGCUGGAUUAAUUACAUUUUGGAACAGCACGUAUCCCCUGGAACGCUCAUGGCAUGUAUUGGGACUCGGAUACAACCUGAACGUGGAGCAGAAAGAUGUCGAGGCGGCGGCCGUCAUACACUACAAUGGAAACCUGAAGCCUUGGCUGGAAAUAGGCAUGACUAAGUAUCGCAACUUCUGGUCUAAUUAUGUGGACUAUAACCAGGCUUAUCUAAGAGACUGCAACAUCAAUCCUUAGGAUAUAUAUAUAUAUAUAUAUCCUAAGGAUUGAUGUUGGAUAUUUACUAAUUUUCUUUUCUUUCUAGUUUUUAAUUUUAGAACUUCAAAGUCAAAAGCUUUGUGCUUUUGGAUCUAUUUUUUUUUUGCUACUUAGUGUUGCAAAGUUAGGAUAGGGUCAUUACAAUAGUUUUCUUUUUCUUUGGGAUGAUA